CACCUGCCCAAACCCAACCCCAAUAUGAACUAUCUUGCUUCACAGAGCAAGCUCAGUUCCUUGUUCAAAUAAGCUAACUUUCUAUCUAAGGGAGCAGGGGAGAGUGACAUCCUAGUAACUGGCACUGGCGUGUGAAAUUAUUUUUUGUCACAUUUAUUUACUUUAAACCUAAAUGUUUGGGUUAGGUGUGCGCCACUUUUGUCGUGCAUCCUGUUCCCCUCCCUAAACUUUGAAUGCUUGAGUUGGACACAAGACUCAACAUUGUGUGGUAGCACCAUUGAUGGGCCACAGAAUGCAGUCAAACGAGGCUUACAACUUUGUAUUUAAAGUGGUUCUGAUUGGAGAGUCUGGCGUAGGCAAGAGCAACCUGCUUUCCCGCUUCGCCAAGAACGAGUUUAACCAUGACAGUCGUACAACAAUUGGGGUAGAGUUCAGUACACGUACAGUCCAGCUGAAUGGUCUCACCAUCAAGGCCCAGAUAUGGGAUACAGCAGGCCUGGAGCGUUACAGAGCCAUCACUUCUGCCUAUUACAGAGGUGCAGUUGGGGCACUUUUGGUCUAUGACGUUACCAAGCACCUGACCUAUGAGACCGCGGAGCGCUGGCUAAAGGAACUGUACGACCACGCGGACCCCCACAUUGUAGUCAUGCUAGUUGGCAACAAGUCUGACCUGGCGUCAGAGCGUUCAGUGCCAACAGAGGAAGCCAAGGACUUUGCAGAGAAGAAAGGCCUGCUGUUCCUCGAGACUUCAGCCUUGGAGUCUACAAAUGUUGAGGCUGCUUUCAAUGACGUUCUUUCAGAUAUCCACAGGAAAGUGAGCAGUAAAAAGGUCAUUCAGGGGUCCAUCAGUGCUGUGUCUUUGGCCGGCCAUGUUCCUUCCAACCCAGAAGAGAAUAAACCAUGCUGUAAAAACAUCUAACAGAUUUAACACCCAAUAAGGGGGCCAGUUAUAGCUGAACAGUUCAGUUCUCUUCUCAUUUGAUUACAGGACACAUAGUCACCCUGUUCUACAGUGCUAACACUGUAUUUGACUGUUAUUAUCACUCUGAUGAUUGAUGUAUUAUGUGCUCUUAAAAGAUGGUUGGUAUUUGAGAAAUAAAGAAAUAAAACAUUUAUCUACCUGGAAUCCUGGAUGGAUGUCCAUACUUUUGGGUAACACUGGUUGUGUUAUGUAAUAAACUUUUAUGUGUUAUACGGUAAAGUUGGUGGGUCAAGUGAUAUAUCAUUGGCAAACUUGAAAUGAUUGUGAAUGUCACCUGUUAAAUAAAUACAAUUUUCCCAUGAGUAUUAA